UUGUCAAAAUGCAUUAAAUAACCAAGAGUUGGCAAACAUUUUUAAGAUUUACUUGUUAUUUUUGUCAGUUUACGCUCUUUUCUUAAGCGUUAACUCUUUUACGAAAACCCACUCCUCUCAUCUCGCAUCACCACCGAGUCUUUGACAUCCUCCUUGCAAUCGCCAUUUGGAAUGUAGAUUGUGUUUAUUCUUGGUGCUUGCAAAAGAACUGCCACAAAUCAUGCCAGUUGUAGAAUUUCAACGCUUGCCACCAGAGAGUGAUGAUGGGGAGCCAAGUGGCCAAGGUGAUUUCUUCACCGUGGCCGUGAGCACCGCCAUGACAGAGAACCCAAACUACAGUGCAAGAACAGCGAAGUGGCUAGGUAUACUGCAGCUAAUCAUAGCCUUCUGUUGUGUGAUUGAUGGAAUAGUGACCGAAUCAUUGGGCUACUGUAGCAUCUCAUCAUGGGCCACACCUAUCUGGAGUGGCUUCCCGUGUUUCUUCUUCGCUGGUCUUCUUGCACUGUUAUCAAGGAACAAGAAAACAAGCACGAUUAUUGUGUUCAUGGUGUGUUCAACCAUCGCAAUGCUUGCUGCAGUAACCAUGGUUGGCUUCAUGCUGGUUAGUGGUGUUACAGAUUACCACCAAGGGUACCCCUUCAGUUAUGUCCGCUAUAACGUUGCAGCAAAACUGGGUGUCUGUUUUGGCUUUGACAUAUUCGGCAUCAUUCUGGGUUUCAUAGAAGUGUUUGCUGCCCUCACUGGCAUCAUGAUCGGCAGUGACAGGAAUCGUCAGCCAACAUCAGCCCACAGUAUGGGCUGUCGUGUCAUGGGUGACGUCCUGUGAAUGGAGAGACAGAAGCUGUGUCUGCAGAUUGUAAUACGAAGGACCAAGUUCAACAAACUCCCCCCAAAUGCAUGUAUACAUUCUAUUUUCAAUCGUUGGAGGGUUGGUUUUGGGGGUGGGACUGGGUUGGGAAGUGGGAAUUGACUUAGUUUAUGGGUCUCUCUUACAUACAAUAUCAUACAUCUAUUGCUCUUAAUAAUGUCAGUGUUGAAAUGUACAGAUGAUGGUAAUUUCAUGGUAAGUUUUACAUUUCUCUGUGUGGUACAUGUAAAGUGUACAUGUACUGGUUAAUGGUACUUUACUGAGCAUGUACAGGUUACUAUCAUGGUAAACUGUACGCACAUACUGAGUAGUA